AUGUUUUAUGUCUUAUUUAAGUACUGUGAUACUAAGGAGGUGAUGGAGAGGAGAGAAAGUAAACCGGAGGUGUUAUGCCGCGUGUGUGGGGACAAGGCGUCGGGCAAGCACUACGGUGUGCCCUCCUGCGAUGGCUGCAGAGGUUUCUUCAAAAGGAGUAUAAGAAGGAAUCUCGACUACGUAUGUAAGGAGGGAGGUCGAUGCAUAGUGGACGUCAGUCGCAGGAACCAGUGUCAAGCAUGCCGCUUCUCUAAAUGUUUGCGAGUCAAUAUGAAGAAAGAAGCUGUUCAACACGAACGUGCAAGACGUCCCUUUGCCCCACAACAAUAUUCUCAUCAGAAAGGCUACGACUUUACCAGACAAGCGAUUUUCCCUCCCCCACCUUUAGCUACAUUCCCUCCCAUCCAUGCAUAUAACACUAUCGAUACGCGGACAAAUUCAUUCUCCGAACAUACGUUUCACGACUUCUCAAGAUAUCCGGAAUCUUUACCAAAAGAUAUCAAUCCACUCAUGCAAGCUAACUUCAAUACACUAAAUCCAUUUAAACUCCCGAUGUUUCCAACUUCCUUACAAUAUCCACAAGCCGCGUAUUUCCCGACAAAUAUUUUCUAUCCUCCCAUCACUUUGGGGAACUCAGCGCACUUGGAAGAAAGAAGCACCAAACCCCUUAUUAACGAUGUAAAUACACAUAAAUUGCGUCAACCCUUCAAGGACGAAGUAGUAAAACCAGAUUCCCAGCUAACUGACAAAUUGAAAGAAGACGAAGUGUCAAGUUCAGAAGAAGCGUGCAAAGGCAAUCUACCCGCUAGAACAAAUGAAGAUGAGAUUGCGUCCGGAUCAUCAUUGGGUACGGAAGAAACUGUUCUUCGUAACGAUUGUGCGAAACGCUUCGAACACAAAACGCUAGCUUCGAUGGCGACCGGGAUCCUCGACGGACUAUACGAUCCCACCACUAAGCUACUGGUGCUGACUGUAAAAUGGCUCCACAAUGUACCGGUCUAUUUGAAACUGAAUCCCCGCGACCAAAUGCAACUGUUAUACAGUAACUGGAAAGAAUUGUUCGUCCUAACCGCUUCCCAAUAUACAUAUUAUUUUGAUGAAGAACACUUCAAAUCCCUGAUUAAUGUAAAGAAGCCACAUAUGAAAGAAUUACUUGAAAAAUUAACAUCGCUCCUAAACAAAAUAGUGAAAUGUCGUUUGGAUAAUACGGAGUACGAAUGUCUCAAAAUUAUGCUAUUGUUCAGAAAAGACACAUUGGACUAUCCGUCGUCGAGUCGAAUUGAAAAAUUUCAAGAAAGAGCGUUGAUAGAUUUUCAAAAACAUUGCUCAUUGAAAGAUUCUGAACGUGUGGGGAGACUGAUGGUUCUACUACCGAGUAUUUGUUUCAUCAGCACGCAAGGAAUUUUAGAAGACUUGUUGUUUCCUGCAAUAGAUAAAGAUGAAAUUCACGUAAUACUGUCACGUAUACUAUUGUAUUCAGCCAUUUAA